AUGAAUUACACCAACAUAGAUGGAGAAGAAUUGUUCACUUCUCCUAUGAGUGAUCUCUCAAUAAAGGAAGAAACAGCCAAAAAAGCAAAGUUCAAGGAUCUCUAUACAUUGCUCCCCAAGUCUUACAAAUUGCUUUUUAUUAUUGGAUGAUUAUGAGCAUUUUCUGGAGGGUUUGCCUAUCCGGCAUCAGCACUCUUAAGACAAAUGCUCAUUGACAAAUUCGAUCAUGAUGACGAAGGAUAUGUUCAUGAGAAAGCGAUUAUGUAUGCAUGGAUUUUCGCUGGAGUUGCUGGAAUAUCAUUUAUUGCCAAUUUUAUCCACUACACCUGCUUCACCCUAAUUGGAAAGAAAAUAUCCUGCGAACUAAGGUGGAGAUACAUCAGAGCUAUUUUGAGGCAAGACAGUGCUUGGUUCGAUGGCCAGACUAUUGAAAGCAUUCCUUCUUCUGUGCAAAGUAACUUAAAAGAUAUUGAAAUAGGAUGUGGGAGAAUUAUUGGAUUUGUAAUAUUCAGUAUUGGAUCCUUUAUUUUUGGAUGAGGUGCCACAUUUGCAAUUGGGUGGCUUUAUUUCUUCUGUAUAUUAGGUCUUUUACUGUAUGUGGGCCCAUUAUCAAAAAUGACUCAAUCUAUAUUGAGCAAAGUCCAAAGUGCAACUGAAAAAGCUAACGAAUGAGGAGGUACUCAAGCAGAAGAGACUAUCAACGCAAUUUGAGUAGUUAAGGCCUUUAGACAAGAAAAAAUGUGAUCAAAAGAGUUUAGCACUCACCUUGAAAAGAAGAGAAGUGAUAUCAUGUCAGCAAUAUGGCGCUAUGCAGGAGCUUUUGCUUGGCUUGAGACGGUUCCAUAUAUCUCAUAUGCUUAUGCCUUUUUAAUUGGGGGGUUCUUUAUUUCAGAAAAAAUUCACAAUUCUUUUUCAGGAGACCCAUAUACAGGAGGAGAUAUUUUUGUCUGCGGGUGAUUCGUUAGUGGAUUAUAUUUCUUAGGACAUUCUACCAGAAAUGUUGCUCUGAUGAAUAAAGGACUUGAAUCAGCAUUUAAGGUUUUUGAAAUAAUAAACAGAGUACCAGAAAUAAAUUGAGACAGUGAAGCAAAUAUAGAGAUCAGUAAAAUAUGAGAAAGCAUUGCAUUUAAUAAAGUUGAGUUCAAGUACCCUAAUGCUAAAAAGAAUGCUUUGAACGGAGUAUCGUUUACAAUUACAAAGGGCCAAACUAUAGCAUUGGUUGGAUCUUCUGGAUCCGGAAAAUCUACUAUUGCUAAACUUCUUGAAAGGUUCUAUGACCCGAGCAGUGGAAAUGUUCUCAUCGAUCAGCAAGACUUAAAAUCUGUUAACUUGAGAAAGUACAGACAUCUAGUUGGGUAUGUUGGACAGGAGCCUUGCUUGUUCAAUGAAACCAUCAGAGAGAACAUGCUCAACUCGUAUCCAGAUGCAACUGAAGAUAACAUUAUCAAAGCUCUCGAGAAAGCUCAUGCUUGGGAGUUUGUUAAAAACCUUAAAGGAAAAAUUGACCACUCUGUUGGGUCAGUUGGAUGUCUGCUUUCAGGAGGGCAAAAACAAAAAAUAGCUAUUGCUAGAGCACUUGUCAGAAACCCCCAGCUCUUGAUUUUUGAUGAAGCAACAAGUGCUCUUGACAUUCAAAGCGAAAAGAAAGUUCAAGAAGCCAUUGACUCCAUUGGAGGAGAGUCCAUCACUAAAGUGGUGAUUGCCCAUAGACUGACAACUAUAAAGAAUGCAGACACAAUCUAUGUUCUUGAAGAUGGAAAGAUUGUAGAACAUGGGAAUCAUGAAAAAUUGCUUCAAUUAAACCAGGUCUAUGCAAGAAUGAAGAGAAUUCAGGAUCAAGCUAACAGGACUAAAGAAAUUAACUCUCUUAAGUUUCAAGAUCCUGACUUCCUGAAAAAUAAAGAAGAAACUAAUAAUAUCGAAGAUAAAGACAUUCAGCUUUCAGAAGAAAUCCCACUAAGAUCCUCAAGUUAUGAUUCAACAAAUCCAACAUCGGAGGAAGAUUUAUCCAAAAAUAUAAAUAUUUUCUCAUUUGUUUUCAAUGAGACUCUAAAGUAUGCUACUCCUCAGUGGGGCAUUAUAAUCAUUAUUCUGGGUGCAAUCAUUUGCCCUGUAUGUUUUAUAGUUUUCGUAUAUCCUCUAGCAAAACUUUUGAUCACAUUCAUAACUAAUUCAUCUGGGACAGAAGUCAAGAAUGAUAUGGCAAUUUAUUUAUCUACAAUGUUGGGAAUAGGAUUGAUAUCAUCAAUUGUUCAGUUUGUUUCCAAAGCUAUGCUGCAUUGGGUGAACACUAACUUAGCUCAAAAUGUGAGAAAAUCAGUUUAUGAUAACAUUAUCAAGCAGCCUCUCCAAUUUUUUGAUGCAGUAUCUCAUAGUACUGGAAACUUAACAUCUAUUCUGUCUUCAACUGUAAAAGAGUUUAAUGGUGCAGCAAUUGAGACUUAUGUCUUUAUACUUCAAGGAUUAACCGGGAUGAUCACUGGAAUCAUCUUUUGCUUUAUCUUUGAAUGGAAUGUUGGAUUGAUAAUGUGCUUGAUAUGCCCAAUUACUUUUCUAUCUUUUUCAACAACAUUGGCUCUUCAGUUCAGUUUCCAAACUAACAAUGAUGAAGUGAUCAAUUCUCAAGAUAAAAUGAUAUCCGAUUAUAUUUUAAACUAUACUACUGUUUCGUCAUUAGCAAAUGAAGAAUUCAUGACAGAUAGAUAUUUUAAACAUAAAGAAGAUGUAGGCGUGUCUGAAGCAGUUUUCCCUGCCAUAGUUUAUGCAUUUGGAUUUUCAUGCUACAUCUUCUGAUACACUUUCAUAAUUCUUGUAUGUGCUCAUAAUCUGAAGCACGGGCAUUCAGCUGACGACCAGAUCAUGUCUCUUUUAGGGUAUUCUAUUUCCUUUCUUUCGGCUAUCUAUAUAAUGAAUAACCCUCCAGAUUUUGGAAGAGCAUUUAGAGCUGUCAGAAAGGUUGCAGCACUAAAACAAUACAUCAAGGAAGGAGAACCAGGAAGUUCAAUCGUUAAUGGAACAGCUAAUUUAAAUGAUGAAGUUAUCUCUUACGAAAUUGAAUUUCAUGAUGUGUGGUUUAAAUACCCUGGUUCCAAGAGAUCCAACUGGGUACUUGAAAACUUCAAUUUAAAAAUUAAUCAGGAUGAAAGAAUUGGAUUUAUAGGAGAAUCUGGAUGUGGCAAAAGCACAAUUGUUGCCCUCCUAAUGCGAUUUUAUGAACCUCAAGGGGGAUAUAUAUCUAUUGGAGGUAGAGAAAUUGGAGAUUUCACAUUGGACUCACUCAGAGCUCACUUCGGCUAUGUUCAACAAGAACCUAUUCUCUUCAACACCACAAUCAUGGAAAAUAUCUGCUAUGGAAAGCCUCAUGCAACACCGGAAGAAAUAGAAAGUGCUUCCAAAAAAGCUUAUUGUCAUGAUUUUAUUAUUGAAAGAGCAAAGGAUACUACCAGUGAAUUAGUAGUAUUUGAUGAAGAAUCUCAAGACAACAGAUUUGAUAACUUAGAUAAAGGAUAUAAAGCUCUUUGUGGAUCCAGAGGAUCUUACUUGUCAGGAGGACAGAAGCAAAGAAUUGCUAUUGCAAGAGCCAUCAUUGGAAACCCUAAGGUCCUGAUAUUAGAUGAAGCCACUUCUGCAUUGGAUGAAGAGUCCCAGAAAGAAGUCCAGAAUGCCUUGGAUGAGGCUACCGAGAAAUGGGCAUCAAUAGUGAUUGCACACAGACUUAGCACAUUGCAAAAAUGAGAUAGAAUCGUGACAAUCGAUAGAGGAGUUAUUGUUCAAGAUGAAAAGUUAGGAAAAUAA